UGUUAUGGGAAUAAAUCCAAUAAUUUUGAACUGUCACCAACCUGACAGUAUAUAAUAAGGUUGUCAUCACACUCAAGUUUCCACAUCAGUUUCUUGCAAAACAUUUUCGUUUUCCUCUUAUCUUCUCUUGUUUCCUUCCUAUGAAACUUACAUGUAUUGACUGUUUCUAGUGUGGUAAAAACUCUAUUGCAUUAGCACUAUGGCUGAUUCAACUCCCCCCAAAAAUCACAGCGCUAGCUCAAUCACCAGCAUGAAGAAAAACCCUCCUGCAGUUCUUGCAGACAUGGCCCGACACGAUCCAAAGCGGGCGAAGAGGAUUAUGACGAACAGGAGGUCAGCUAUGAAGGCAAAGCAGAGGAAGAAGAUGUAUGUUAGUGCGCUUGAAUAUAACUUGGAAAGGUUGUACUGUGAAGCGGCUGCUCUGUCUGCUCGGUUGAAUCUAUGGAUGACAGAUGCCCUUUACAUACAUGCAGACAACAAGAGACUGAGGCAAUGCCUGCACCAUAUUGUGCAACAAAUUCGAUUGCAAGACACCUUGAUGGAUGAGACUCAAAAAGAGAUUCAAGAUCUGAAAAGAAUUGUUUGGUCACACAAGACCUCAAAAAAUUGAAUGGAGAGAUUGGUCUGGAUGAAGGGACUCUGAGCAACUUCUACUCAUCUUCUUGAAAAACAGCAAUAAUAUGUAAUUGAAUCAGCCCUUAGCCACACAGAUGUUUUCUUCACAACUUCAGUAUGAUCUUGAACAGCAGCUGGAGCAACAUUGUUCCAGUGGAAAUUAUUUUCUGAAUCCAAAAUGGUUAUGUUUUUUCAUCAACAUCGUCGACAUUGUCCUUACAUUGUCAACAUAAUAUGUGUUUCUUGUGUGGCUGUGUCAUUCAAAUUUGUUUACUAGAAUGGAUUUUGCCUCAGUAAAAUAA